AUGGCUUCGGACGCCUCAGAUAUGUCGGCCGCCGGCUCACCCCCACCUGAAAAUGCCAGCAAGAUGGAUAAACCGAUCAAGAAACGAUCCAAUUCUUCUGCUACGGAUGCCAAUGGCUCGCAGAAAGUGACAAAGCGCCGUGCUGCCAUGGCCUGCGUGUCAUGCCGCGCCCGGAAAGUUCGCUGCGAUGUCGUUGAGCAGAGCCCCUGCGGCAAUUGCCGCUGGGAUAACGUUGAAUGCAUUGUUCAAGAAAGCCGUCGAAGGAAGAAACACCUUUUGACCGCUAGCGUGGGACAGCAGCAGCAGUCCGGGGCCACGGCCGACCCCCAAGUGCUCCGCGCGAAAUCGAUCACCGCACACAGCCAUCCCGUGCCGAUUAGCAGCGCCGCAGACUUGAGGCGUCCCAGCAGCGGAUCUGUCAUCUCCUCCAGCGACGCUGAUGCAUCCAGCGUGUCACGCCUGCCCUUGUCUGGGGUUGACAGUCAUGUGCCACAUCUCAUUUACCAACGCUCCGGAUAUCGAAAUGACUCCGUUCUCCUCAACAAGCUCCAGCCGGCCACGGAGAAUCCCUCACGAGCCCCGCAGCCUCAGUCUCAGUCUCCGCUCUUAUCGCAGCAGCAGCAGCUGCCACUACCACAACUGCCGCAGCAACAGCCACGCCAGCAAUCGACUCCUCAGUGGCCUGCCAACAAUGUAGUCCAAGCUGCCACCGCACUCUUUGAGGACAACCGCACGGCCCAGUUUCUCAGUUCCCUGGAGGAUCACGAUGCAAACGCCCAGCUGCCACCAUUUGUGCGACCUCUGCCCUCGAAAGUCGCACCGGAGGAUGUCAGCUAUCUGCACUUCAAGGGUGCUCUCACCCUUCCCACUAUUCCGUUACAGAACGCCCUGCUCCAGGCAUAUGUGGAGUAUGUGCAUCCAUUUAUGCCCCUGAUGGAUAUCCAUGAGUUUCUGAGCAUUGUCAACCGCCGAGACGGACUCAACGGCCAGACUAGCUUGUUCUUGUACCAGGCUGUCAUGUUCUCCGCAACGGCAUUCGUUGACAUGAAGUACCUGCGUGAGGCGGGCUACCCCUCACGCAAGUCUGCACGUAAAUCGUUCUUCCAGAAAACAAGGCUUCUCUACGACUUUGACUAUGAACUCGAUCGACUCGUUCUUGUUCAGGCUCUGCUCCUCAUGACGUACUGGUACGAGACCCCUGAUGAUCAGAAGGAUACCUGGCACUGGAUGGGUGUUGCGAUUUCUCUGGCCCACACCAUCGGUCUUCACCGCAACCCAGGAUCCACGACUAUGUGCGUGUCAAAGCAAAAGCUCUGGAAACGGAUCUGGUGGUCUUGCUUUAUGCGAGAUCGCCUCAUAGCACUCGGCAUGCGACGCCCCACAAGGAUAAAGGACGAAGAUUACGACGUGCCCAUGCUUGAAGAGGCGGAUUUUGAGAUCCAGUCCCUCGCAGACAACAUCACUGUCAUCCCUCAGGAUUGCGUCCUCAUGCGUGAUAUCGCCAUGCAGAAGGAGCUGGCUAUUAUGUGCAUUGCGAAAGCCCAGCUCUGUGUGUGCAUCAGCCACAUGCUGAAGGCGCAGUACUCUGUCCUGAUUAGAGACAAGAUGAAGCCAGAGAACACGACGAACAGCACAAUGAUGCUGUUCCCCAAUAAGCAGCUGGACAACGUGGAGGGUGUUCAUACAGUGGAUAUGGAGCUUAUGGCAUGGGCCGAGUCCCUCCCCACAUGUUGCCAAUAUAGGACCCUGACACCAUUAGAGGUUGGCAAUGGCAAAUCUACAGUGGCUGUUCAGCGAACACUUCUUCACAUGGUCUACUACACUACCAUUUCAGCUCUGCAUCGCCCUCAGUUCUUGCCAUCGUCGCCUACUCAUACUCCAACCACAUCUCGCCAAGUCCAAGAGAUGUCUCGGUUGAGAGUUCGCGAUGCAGCUAUGCACAUUACUCGAAUGGCAUCCGAAUUACACACACACAAACUCGAGCGCUACUUGCCAACCACCGGUGUUACUGUUAUCCUGCCAGCUAUGAUUAUUCAUCUGCUGGAGAUGAAGAACCCUGUCGCCGAUGCUAGGGAGCGUGCCACGUAUGGCUUCCGCCAGUGCAUGCGAGUGAUGGAGAAACUUCGUGAUAUCUAUGCUGCGGCAGACUAUGCCACUGGCUUUUUGGAUGCGGCACUGCGAAAGGCAGCCAUCGAUAUCAAUGCCCACAUCGCCCCGUCAACGCUGGCCAUGAUGAAGCGGGUGCCUGUUGAAUUCAGCGCUCAGACACCGCCACCCGACAAUGUCCCAUAUAUGACGGCAUCCGAGUCUCUGUUCCAUGAGAAGGCGCCUCAGCCAGCGAAGACGAUGAUGCCUCCAAACACUAUCAAUGCUGCCGACCUGGACAUGACUGCGGGUCACUCUCCACCACACACUGAUGUUGGUGUCACGCCUAGUGCCAGCGGCGGCUCCGAUGAGGUCAAUGGUGAGAUGGAACACAUGGACCUCGACUUCAUGCAAAGUCAUGACGAGUUCGAUUGGAAUGCUGUUGCUGGUGCCGAUUUCGAUGUCGACCAAUGGCUUCAGUUUCCUCCAGAGGGUGUGAAUGCUAGUGCCGACGACUUUGGCCCUGGAGUCUUCCCUCCUGCUGUUAGCGAGGAUGUUACUAUGACUACGCAGCCAGUUCUUGGCUAG